AAAGUGUUCAAUCAUUGAAACUAACUCUCCACCAACACUUUAUUUUUUUAAUACUAUAUUUUUUUCUGGUACUCCUGAAUUUUCACGAGGUGGUGGUUGUGUUGUUUGAAUUUCAAUUUUCAACCUUGAUCCCUAGCACACCUUCCCACUUUUUAUAUUUUUAUUUGUGGUUUUUAGUUCACGUUACAAGAAUCACGGUUAAUGUUUUUUUUCCUUUUAACAACAAUAAUAACUUCAUCAUAACGCAUGCUUCAUUAUGUUGUUAUAGAUUCUUGUCGUGUUGCAUGACUAGUUUACAUAUUCACUAGUUUCAACCUCUAGAAACUUCUCUAUAUUUCACCUACUUUCAAGUUUCAUUCAAACAAGUAUAUUUGCAUCAUUUUAUUUAUUUAGUUUUAUUUUAUUUUUACAUGUUGACCAAUUUAUUUGCAAUCUAUGAUAUGAUAGUUCGUUACUUUCUAUGAUGAGUCAGUAACAGAACAGAUCUCUCUUAGAUUUGUGUAGUACGAGGAAGCAGUGAUUGUUUUGUUUCCUUUACUGUUCAAUCAGUGUCUGUCUUGUGUACGAGGUUUUCAACUUUACUUCACUUUACCAUAAAUAGGUGUCUGUUGGAAAAAAAAAGAAAAAGAAAUGAUGGUUUGUAAUGAAGAAGAAAAGAUUGAGGUGUUUUCAGAAAAUGAAACUGAGGUUUCUAAGUCAGAUUCAGUUGAUGGGUCGUUACCGGUUUCGACUGUUUUCACUGAUGUUGGAGUUGUGCCUGAGCAACAAAAGAAUGAGCUUCAACACUUCAUAUCCAAUUUGCAAAAAGAAGUUGAGGAGCUGAGGCUGAAGCAGAGAAAAGUGGAUGAAAAGAGGAGAGAAGCACUGAGUAAGAUAUUGGAUAUAAAAGGGAGCAUUAGAGUGUUUUGUAGAAUUCGACCGGUUCAUUUGACCGAAAAGAGAAGAAAUUCUGAACCUGUAUCAGCUGGAUCCGAGAGAAUUCGGGUUAAGUUUGGAGGAACAAGGAAAGAUUUUGAGUUUGAUAAGGUUUUUCCUCAAGAAGCAAGCCAAGAAAGUGUUUUUGUUGAUGUCGAGCCGAUUCUAAGAUCUGCAAUGGACGGACACAAUGUGUGCGUUUUCGCUUACGGUCAAACAGGCACAGGAAAGACAUUCACCAUGGAUGGUACAAAUGAGCAGCCAGGGAUUAUUCCUCGUGCUCUCGAAGAGCUCUUUCGUCAAGCAUCCAUGGAUGGUUCAUCUUCUUUUACUUUUUCAAUGAGUAUGUUGGAAGUUUACAUGGGCAAUGUCAGGGAUCUGCUGGCUCCCAGACAAUCUUGUAGACCACACCAACCUCUGGCAAAUAGCAAUCUCAACAUCCAAACUGAUCCAAAGGGAUUGGUGGAAAUUGAGGGUCUCUCAGAAGUGCAAAUUUCUGAUUGUGCUAAAGCCAAAUGGUGGUACAACAAGGGAAGACGAUGCAGAUCCACGUCGUGGACUAAUGUAAAUGAAGCAUCAAGCAGAUCACAUUGCUUGACAAGGAUAAGCAUAUUUAGACGCGGGGAUACUUCAGAAGCCAAAACCGAAACAAGUAAAUUGUGGAUGGUUGAUCUUGGAGGCAGCGAGCGGUUGCUAAAAACUGGGGCCAGAGGACUAACACUUGAUGAAGGCCGAGCUAUUAAUCUUUCUCUUUCAGCUCUAGCUGAUGUCCUUGCAGCUUUGAAGAGAAAGAGGAGUCAUGUACCUUACAGAAAUAGCAAGCUGACCCAACUACUGAGAGAUUCUCUUGGUGAUGGCUCGAAGGUCUUGAUGCUUGUGCAUAUUAGCCCAUCUGAAGAAGAUGUUUGCGAGACGAUUUGUUCUUUAAACUUUGCAAAGAGAGCAAGAGCAAUAGAGUCCAUUAAAGAAGUGCCCAUGGAAUUGAAGAAACAAAAGGAGAUGAAGAUUAUGGAGCUCGAGGAAAACAUUAAGGAAGCUGAAAAACAACGUCAGAGUUUAGGUGAUCAAAUACAGAAUGUUGAGUUAAAGUUAUGCGAGAAUAAAAAGCUCUUUUCAGCCACAUAUAAUCUUCAGGAAAGUGAUGACUUGGUAACCUCUUCUAGCCUCAAAGAUGAUUUCAAAGAGGUCACCGAAACUCCUAAAGCAUCUAAGAAGUCUACUCCAAGAAGUGUCUCCAAUUCAGUGCCUCGAUUCAUGAGUUCAACUGUUGCUAGUCGGCAUAGGCAAAUUGCUUCUGAGCAAGAAAUUGGAGGGAGAACAAAAAGUUUAAGAUCAGUGGUCACCAGAAAUUCAAUCCAGUUUCCAUCUUCUCAAUCAUUAAGUUAUUCAGAUCUUCGCAUCAAAGCAAUAUUGCGAAGUUCAACUGGAAUUGGAAAAUCUCGGCAUGCUGAAACAAGUAAUGUUCCAAAUACCAUUCAUACAGAAAGGCCUAAUUGCAAUGAAUUGGAAUCAAAAGUCUCAACUCCUCGAAGUACAAUGGUUACAUCGUCAGAUUCAAAUUUGAGAGUAACAUUGUGUCGUCAUAGAAGAAGGAUGUCUAACCUGAUCUAAGGGUUACAAGACAUCUUAUAUUGCUAAUGUUAUCAAGUGGUUGAAUGUUAAACUCCUUUCACUUGUCUUUAACAAAUGGUAGCCAAAGGUGUGUUAAUAUGUAUGUUUUCUUGGGGUGUGGUAGGUAUCUGUUAAUUACUUGUUUAACAUGGUCUUUUUUCGUUUUUGAGCAUUUUGGGUCCUUAUAGUAAUUUGCUUAUGUGAUGAAAACUUAUUUAGUGGCAACUAACUUUUAGCUAAGUUUGUCACAGACCUUUAAAAGGAAUUAUGAAUACAACAGUUUUUCAGGCUUGACUAUAUAGUAGCAUGGAUUUUGUAAUGUAAGUGUGUUGCUAAAAUUCCUAUAUAAGGGGCAUUAUUAUGAUGUA